GCUACCAUUCAACCUGCAGUCAUCCCUCACAGACAGCAUGCAGCUGUGGGCAUUGCUCCCCGUCUGCCUGGCUUUCUUUGGCACUGCGGGCAUUUGGACUGUAUUUGCAAUAGCUGUAACAAAUGGAUCAGUCAACCUAACAGAGGGAAUCCCGUACAUCAGCCAGUGUGGCACUUACAACCCGCAGAGCUGUCUCUUCUCCCAGGUCUGCAACAUCUGCUGCUUUUUAGCCCUGUGGGUUGUGGUGAUCCGUUUCCAGCAGGUCAGAGACUAUGGUGAUCAUGGAAAAGCCAACAUUGCCAGUAUUGUUUUAGGAUUCAUCUCCUCCAUAUCGAUCUCCAUCACCGGGAACUUCCAGCAAUCAGUCUUAAUGAUUAUUCACACUGUGGGAGCAGUCCUGGCUUUCUUCCUUGGCCUGGCCUACUUCUGGGUACAGCUGUAUCUAACUUAUCGGGCUCAUCCAUCGCAGGACCGAUGGUGGGUGGGGCCUGUCAGGGCGACCUUCUGCAUCAUCUGUACUGCCACGGUCAUUGUUAUGUCCAUUCUCCACAUCACAGGCGUUUCCUCCGGAGCUGCAGCGUGUGAAUGGAUUCUGGUGAUGUCGUUCUUCUGCCUCUUUGGCCUUUUUGCAGCCGAGUUCAGACACAUCGACUGCCACAGCCUCACCGUACAGAAGCAAAUGUUUACGAAUGACCGCAGCCACGCAUCAAUACAAAUGAAUGGCUAUGUUAUAAAUACAAUAAGCUAAAAACACUGCACUGGAUCUGUGUGCUAGUACACAUGGUUCAGAAUGCAUUAUGUUCAGUUAUUGUGUAUAGAACUGCUUUUUAAUUUAUUUGCAUGUUUUCCAUGUUGAAGACUCAGUAUGGCAGAUCUGUUUCAUGAUCUAUGACAGCAUCUUUUGAUGCAAUUCAUCAUGUUUAUGUCAUUACUAUUAUUAAUAAAUUAUUUUACUAUUACACAGUCAACUACCAUAUGGGGAGC